AUGGAGAAAGUUAAUUCUAUUGUUGGAGAAAAAAACGACGUUUUCGAUCCAAGAAUCAUUUUAGAAUUGAACAAAUGUAUCAAGGAAAUAACCUCUUCUGAUCGACAAGUUCAAUAUUCUGUCGAUAUUGAAGACAAAGUUUUAGAAAAUCAAAUCAACUCAUCAUUUCCAAUUACAUUCUAUCAUAAUGCGUAUGUAGAUCACAGAUACAGUCUGCCACGUCUCCGGAUAUUUUCAUUGAAUAAAUGUAUCAAAAAGAAGAAUUUCUUGUUAGUAGAUCUAUCUUACGAAGGAAUUUCUGAUCCAAUUCGAGUAAAACUAUUUGGAGAAUCGUUAGAAGGAAAUUGCCCAUCAACAUACGGCCCUGCGAGACCAUGUUUUUAUGUGGCUCAUACUUUCUAUACUGAUCUUAUAUCGACUGGAGGGAUGAAUGAGGUUUUGAUUCAUUUGGGAAGCAGAAAAGUCAAACUUCGUGUUAAAGAAAUUGAUAGACGGUACGAGAAAGGAAUCACAAUGUGUGUUCAACCAGUGUAUUACUACUCUCAAUGGCAGAAUAUUGUACUGUAUAUUGAAGCAUGGAGAGCCCAAGGAGCAACUCGUUUCAUAGUUUUCUAUCAUUCAUCUACAAAAGAAACACGAAAAGUUCUUGAUUACUAUCAGAGUUUAGGUAUCAUCGAGUAUCGAUCUUGGCCCAGUUUCGGAAGUUUACCUCAAUCUAUAUCUGGAGAAUAUCCGAAAGUUGACGAUAGUGUAUUCAUUUUCUCUUAUUUUCUCGCAAUGAAUCUAUGUAUUCUCGACAUGAAAACAACAAUUGGAGCGGUGGCUGAUUUCGAUGAGGUUCUCGUCCCUCGAAAUGGAACAAUGCUGGAUUAUGCAACAAAAGAAAUGACUGGAACUAAUAUAGGAGCAUUAUCAUUUGGAAACAACUAUGUUACAAUGGAACCGAGUAUUUACACUUCCGAUUUUUCGGGUGUCUCGUCUCCGGCUUUCAUUGACAAGGGCGGACCAUCAAAGUACAUUUUCAACGCUUCCGUUAUCGACAUUGCUCAAGUUCAUUGGGUAAAAAGUUUCACGGAUCCUUCGAAAAAAACUAAAAAUGGAGACGGAGCUCUUCUUCAUUUGCGGUAUGGUGCCAGCGGAAAGAAGUUAGAAAACUCGAAAAGAUCGUUCCGAUUUUUCCCAAAUGACAGCUCAAUACAUAUUCAAAACAUGCAGGAAAUGACGAAUCGAAUAUUCAAUGGAUCUGAUCCAGUCUUCUCUUCAAACUAUAUUGAUACUCUCAAUGAGUGCGUGAAAAAUAUAAAUAAAAAAGGAAACACAUGUAGAAGUACUGGAGGGAUGUGUAGAGCAGAUAUGGAUGCAAUCAAUGAAUGGGUUUACGAUAAAACAGAGGGAAUAUUUUUGUCCGAUUCCAGCUGA